AGGCAACAGAGUCGGGUGUAAAAUGAAUUUGAAGCGGAAUGAGACCCGAUCGUCUCAACACUGGUCACCAUUACCGUUAACCAAGUAAACCACGGCUGCUUCGAGCUCAGAUAAGAGCUUGACCAUGACUCUCAGCGCUGACUUCUGCACCACGGUAGAAGAUGAAGCCGACAGCAGCCCUACGGAGCCUCUCGUUCUGGAGAGAGUGGAGAAAGAAAAGGACAAAAACUGCAAAGCCAUCCUGUCCCAUCAGCUAAAAAAAUGCUGCUCUUGCACACCAAAGAAAGUGAAAUCCAAAAUACUCGGCUUUGUCCCGAUUCUGAAGUGGCUGCCGAACUAUCAGCUCAGGGAAUGGCUGCUGGGUGACCUCAUGUCAGGACUCAUUGUUGGGAUCCUAUUGGUCCCACAGUCCAUAGCAUACUCCUUAUUGGCAAGCCAAGACCCCAUAUACGGUCUCUACACGUCGUUUUUCGCCUCCAUCAUCUACACGCUCUUGGGCACUUCUAAACACAUCUCAGUGGGGAUUUUUGGAGUUCUUUGUCUGCUUGUAGGUCAGGUGGUUGAUAGGGAAUUAGCUUUGGCAGGAUACCUCCCAAAAAGCAGCAGCAGUGUUCGUAACAACAGCGAGAUCCUGCCAGGGAAUGACAAUGUUGUGAUGGAGUGUGACAGAAGCUGCUAUGCAAUCACAGUGGGAACUACAGUCACUUUUACUGCUGGAGUUUAUCAGGUACUCAUGGGUAUUUUCCAAGUAGGCUUCGUCUCUGUCUAUCUCUCCGACUCUCUUCUCAGUGGCUUCGCUACAGGAGCCUCCCUGACCAUCCUCACCUCCCAGUUCAAGUACCUCCUGGGUCUAGAGAUCCCAAGACCCCAGGGCUGGUUUACUCUGUUUAAGACCUGGUACAGCCUAUUUACUCACCUGGGACACACCAAUAUUUGUGACCUGGUGACAAGCUUGGUGUGCUUGCUGGUACUAAUACCUACCAAGGAGCUAAACGAUCGUCUUAAAUCCAAGCUAAAGGCUCCGAUUCCCUUUGAGCUCUUUGUCGUGAUAAUUGCAACCCUGGCUUCUCAUUUUGGACACUUCAACUCUGAAUAUCUGUCAGACAUUGCUGGGGACAUCCCAACAGGCUUCCUUCCUCCUAAGGCGCCCAUGUGGUCUCUGAUCCCCAACGUGGCUGUGGACGCUUUCUCCAUAGCCAUCGUGGGGUUUGCUAUCACCGUCUCAUUGUCUGAGAUGUUUGCCAAAAAACACGGUUACACAGUGGACGCCAACCAGGAAAUGUACGCCAUUGGCUUCUGCAACAUCCUGCCGUCGUUCUUCCGCUGCUUCACCACCAGCGCUGCCCUGACGAAGACCCUCGUGAAGGAGUCCACAGGGUGCCAGACUCAGGUGUCUGGGUUGGUCACCGCCCUCGUCCUGCUGCUGGUGCUGCUGGUUAUCGCACCACUCUUCUAUUCCCUUCAAAAGUGUGUGUUGGCCGUCAUCAUUGUUGUUAACCUCCGCGGAGCGUUACGAAAAUUCACAGACGUCCCCCGCAUGUGGCGCGUGAACCGUGUGGAUACAGCCAUCUGGUUGAUCACAAUGGCCACAUCAGCACUGGUCAACACAGAGCUGGGUCUUCUCGUUGGGGUUUUGGUGUCGGCUUUCUGCAUCCUGGGUCGAACCCAGCAGGCCCAGGCCCUGCAACUUGGCCGUGCUACAACCAGAGAGCAUUAUGAAGACAUGUCGUCUUACCGUGGCCUUCGGACACAUCCUGGAGUGGUUGUUUUUAGAUACAAUGCUCCAAUUUAUUAUGCUAACCAAAACUUGUUCAAAAAAUCUCUGUACAGGAGUGUGGGGCUUGAUCCUGUGAAGGAGAAAAGCCGACGUAUAAAGUUCAGCAAGAAAAACAAAAAGAAGGAAGAGGCCAAAGGACUCCUAAAUCUGAAAUCAGAGAAGACGGCUGCAGGUAAAGAGGACAAGGCUGAAGAUGGCGCAACUGUAACUCUGAUGCUCAACAGUAAAUCCCUUAGUUUUCACAGCUUGGUGAUGGACUGCAGCACCGUCUUGUUUUUGGAUACAGCUGGAGUGAACGCUCUGAAAGAAGUGCGUAAAGAUUACGGAGAACUUGGGAUCAAAGUUGUCCUGGCUCAGUGUAAUGCCUCGGUACUUGAUGAUCUGGAAAGAGGAGGAUACUAUGAUGAAAAAGGUCCCGAUGGAGGAGAGAACAAAAGAAUAUUUUUCACCAUUGCAGAUGCUGUCCACCACGCCCAAAGCCUUUUAGCUCCAAAUGGAGAUUAUGACAACAAAUGCUAAGAAGACAAUCUUUUUAAAAAUGUUUGCAGUUCAUACCUCAGACAUUGCAGAGGAUAUGCCAGUCCCCGCUGUUAUGUGCCUUGCAAUGCUUCAGUGAAGUCUUUACAGAAUGUAAACCUGAACCCGUCCAUCAUUAAUGCAGUAGACAAUUUUGUACUUAAUGUUACAGCACAAAAGGCUUCUAAGAAAUGUCGUCAGAUAGUGCUUGUGCUUACAGUGAAACUUCAACAAGGCUAUUUCUGCACUAACCUUAAGCAACAUUUCUUUUUCUCUUUGCACAUACAAGCCAAAGUGAGAUAAUGAACAAAGACCAUCAGUCACAAUGAGGAAGGAUGUAAACUACUGAUGUAGUCACACCUUGAUGCAGUUUGAAGUUGAAAUUGUGGACACUGAAAAUUGAUUUCAAAUAUAGCAGUAGUGGUACGGUUUUGUCUAGUAGGAUGUUUUCAGAUGACAUGUCACACUGAAGAACUGCGGAUGGAGGGCAGGAAGUGGUAUCUGCCUAGAGAAGCACUUUUAAAAUGUCAGUUUUGCGAUUUAUGAUCAUGUUAGAUAUUCAAAUUGUGAUAAAGAAAAAAUUAAACAGCCUUGUAGUGCUGAAAGUAGUGACACACAAAGAGUAAAUAAAAACAAACCUCAUGGAGAAACAGGGGCAGACAUGGAUUUAAAUCCUCUGUCUAAAGUUUGGAGGAGCAGAGUCGGACAAUGCACAAUUUGGCAUGAUAUAAACCCUGAUCAUACUUGUCAUACUAGCCACUGUCAAACCAGCUUUGCCUUUGUGUUUGGAAAUCCAUCUCUCUUCACAGAUCUAUUGCCUGUUGCACCAGCUAUGUGCAGAUCCACACUAAACUCUACUUUGAAUCUAGUUAGGUUAUAACUUAAAUUGUGCUAUUAUUUGAUUGCACCACAGAGAUGUGAGGUUCAUCUUAACUUGUAGAGCAGUAAUCAUCAACCACAUUUGGACAAGGGCCAGCUAUUUUCUAUGCAGGCACUCUGGGGGCCGAACUUUCAAGUAAAAGACGUUUUUUAAAUGAAAAUUAAUAUAAUUUUGUGUGGAUAUUUUUAUUUUCUUUCAAAUGUAUGGCUCUAAUAGUGAGAUAAGCCCCUGUACUACAGCCAGCCACGAGGGGGCAAUUGAGAUAUUUUAGCAGAAUAUUUCUGUGGCUAUCGUCCAUUACUCGGUUUGAGACUUACAUACUGUGUAUUGACAUGUGAAAAACCCAAGCAGGACAAUUACACUUCAAAAACGCCUGAAACUUAAAGUUGACAUAGAAAAUGGCAGUUUUAUCAGGAAUGGACCGAUAAAUCUGUGUUUAAUAUGCAUCAUAUAACAGCUGACCGGUUGAUUUCUAAAAACAAAGAGAUGAGACAGUCAUUCCUGAUAAUACUCUUUCAGUCACAAUUGCUUUUGGUGUAAGAUCCAGCAACCUCAUUUUGUCUUCUUAUUCUUGUGUUUCUUUUUUCAGACAACUAAUUGUAGGAGAUGUUUUUUUCUUUUUACCUUGACAUGUUUUGGCUGUCAUCUGCAGUCUUCCUCAGAAGCGUCGACCGUUGUGACAUGUCCUUUUUUGCUGGUCUUCCUAGGCGUGGUCAGACUUUAUCACAGCGUUUUAAUGGCAAUACAAAGUUAUUUUUUAAUUGAAUUUGAUGUCCUGGGGGCCAGAUGGGAAGAUGUGGGGAGCCUGCUGUGGCCCCCAGGCCGCCAGUUGAUGACCAUUGUAGUAGAGCUUUAUAUCCAAACAAACCAAAAUAUUGUCUAUAACGUUUUCACUUAAUUCAACCAAUCAAUCAAAAGCAUUUUUUAACUUAGUGUUAGUUAUAGCACUGCCUCUCGUGUCUAAUUGACUCUAAACAGGCUAAUGGCUAAAAAUAAAAGCCUACAGCCUAAACUUAGAGCCAGUAUAAAGAAACAACACUGAUACUGAGUGGUAAAAUCACUAAUAACACUAGAUAAUUCAACAGUGGUCGGUGGAAUUUACGCUCAGGGAAAACAACCUUGUUACUGAUGAUGGUGCUAUACUGUCUCUAAGAACUAUUUUAUGACAGCCAUACUUUACAGAGGACUUUACACCUAGUAGGAGGUAGAUGUAGGAUUUAAGUUCUAACUCAAACCUAAGUUUAAACAGUAUAAUAGAGCACAAACCCCGUCAUAAGACUUUGCGUUCAAACUAGGCUACGCUUGUACUUUUGCACAGCUGGUGCAACCCAUAGCUGGAUUAUUUGGCUCAGCUCAGUUAUAAGAGCUGCUUUAUUGACUCACAAACAGUUCUCAUUUGGCACUAGACGAAGAAGAAAGGACACUGGCUCUGAAACGGGAGCCCACGCCUGUUCAACCAGCUCAUUUGCUUGCCCAAUAGUUCAUCACAAUCUUUAUUAAAAGUAUGCUGAUAAUAAAAUGAGGGUGAAAGGCUGUUAAAGGGGUAAAGCUGGCCUUUUGGCUCAGUACAUGCCUCCUCAAGACUGAUGUCUCCCUUUAUCUGACUAAAUGUGUAGUAGUUCAUUGUUGUUGUGAUAUGAUUGCCAGGUUGUAAAAAUCAUUUUUAUUUUAAGAGUAGGGAUCAUAACCAACGAAUGUCAACAUUUGCUGAUGCUACUUCAGCGUGCAGCUCCACAGAGAGCUUUAACGUACUAACUCAUCAUUAGGUGAUCUUCACUUCCUGCCCCCCCAUCUAACUUUAUUGCAUCAUUGAGGUCAUGUGACUGUAAACAAUCUUUUGUUGGCCCUCUGAUUGGUCUGCUGAUCCACCAAUCAGAGAGCCCUCAGUCAAAGUGGCAGUUGGUCAGUUUUAAAGAUACUGUAUAGCUUAAUCACUGUAUGUGUCGCAUUUUUAGUCCUCUUAUUUCAAAAAAAGGUCCAUGUUUCUCUAAUGCAUCUCUUGUUCAUUCAUUUAAAUCCUGGGAAAAAGUGCAUUAUAAGGUUUACUGUAAAUGCCAUUGCUUGCGUCUGGUGUGAGUCAGGAAACCUGCAAAGAAUGAGAACCAAAAAAGAAAAACAGAAAGAAGAACCAAAUGAACUUAUAGUUUAGUUUCUGAUUUGAAUGUUGUCAAUCGAUUGUUGGUUUUUUGUCAGCUGGAGUUGUGUAGCAAAAUGCUGUGCAUAAAUGUUUUGCAGCAAAUGGCCAGAUUGCCUACAAAGAAAUGUACUACAACUAUAUGUUUCUAUCUGUAGCUGAAAUGCUGUUAUCACUGAUACCAAUGCUAAUUAAUGACGGUAUAGUUUAUUACUGCCAGUGGGAAAGACUUGGUCAUGUUUACAAAGCCAUAAAGCAGUAAAGUUCAGUGACUGAUUGUUUGAAAUAUAUGAUGUAGAUUGUAAAGUAGGUUAAACGCUUGGCACAAUCAAACAAUAUAGAAUUUGUGUUUUGAAGCCUUUAUGUAUGCAAACAGUUGCCUUAGUAGGGACUGUACAGUACAAAUACUGUAUAUAUGCAGUGAAUGUCUUUAUAUCAUUUCAUAUGAUAAACUUUUAAUUGUCAAUCUUAUGGAUUUUAAAUUCCUUCAAAGAGCACAACCAGCUUAUGAUGCACAGCCCUCUGUUUUGUGUGUUUUAAGUCAUUUAUUUGAGAGGAAUAAAAGGUCAUGUGUUUAUGGAAAUAGAUCUCCAUGGGUCCUUCAACAAUGUUGUGGCGUUUCACAAACUGGUAUGAACUCUGUAUCACUUUAAGUGCUCUUAUAAACUUUGUCCUCAGUCGCUGUUUACUGAAGGAGGCAGCAUUACUGACGUAGCUUUAACCUCUGUCCUAUUAGCUCAGUAAAUAUAUAGGUGAUGAAUGGUUGGGAGGUUUAUGUUUGUUAAAACAUCUCUGUAGUGAAUGCCAUUUUGGAUUGACAUGAAAAACCAGAUUGACCUGGUUUGUCUUCUGUUUGAUGUUGAAUUAUGUCUGUCAAUCUUUAUUCUUUGUGUGUUUGUUAAUCUACUGGCUGGUUUAUUGUUAUUUUUUUUAUAUACUGAAUACACUGCAAUGUACCGUGAAAUCUGGAAUACAAAAAGCCCAAUUCAAAAAAGUUGGGACGUUGUGUUAAAUGUUAAUAA